AUGCCACCAGUGAGUCUGGAAAUGUUAGACGCAACCUAUCAAGACUACGGUCUGAGUUUCGAUGGUGCUGUAGUGGUUUCUACUCGCCGAGGAAGUUGUGAAUGUAUCUUGUGGAAGUUGCCAGUAUGGCAAGUUGUGAAGACAAAAGGACACAUCUUAGUAUGUGUGACGGCGAACGAUCCUGAGUAUCAUGGUCGAAUCCGAGGUUUAAAGCUCGCUUUGAAGUUUAAUGCCAAGGAGCUCGUGGCAAUUCGGGAUUCCAGGAUCGUCGAUCUCAGGAAGAAUGUUGUGCCUGUGAAGUUGAUCCAUGUCAAACGUGAAUUCAACCCAGCAGCCGGUUACUUGACUUCUAAGACCCCCGUGCUUGGGGAAUCCUCGAAGAUCAAUGGCCCAGACGAGAUAGUACACCUACGCCUCGUCUCUAGAAUUGCUGAAAAGAUCCUGAAGCCUUUGGAAAUUUAUGCUCCCGAUAAAAUUCGUAAGGACCAAGUUGAACCUGGAGUGAGAAACUCCGAAGUCGGAAUACCUGAGUCCUUAGCUACCGCUGCCCAGGUAUUGAUGAUGAUGUCAAGUGCUGAUUCAGGAUCCCGAAAUUCGGUAGAACAAGCCAGAUACCAGGAUGAGCUGAAGGAGUUUGCUAAGAUUUCCGAUCCAUUCGUGUUGGACUUACGAGACGCCCUCUACAGGCUCAGUGCACCUACUCCCGCGAGACCACGCAAUAAACAAUCGGAACUCAGACUCGUGGUCCCAGAGUCCUUACCUGCAGACAUAUUGAACUACUCACACGAAGAUUUUAAAGGCGGCCAUCAAGAUAUCAACCGAACGUUUGAGCGAUUACGGUCGGUGUUCUAUUUGUUUGGGAUGUAUGCCAAUGUUCAGAAGUUCGUGAUAGCUUUUGGCACCGCGCAACCAGAGUCUAAGCGUGGCAAUACUUAUUUGUUGCCGUUCCAGGACCAGUUCUCAGGAUAUGUCAUGUCCGAUGCGGAUCCUGAAGCUCAGGACGUCGAUGAGGCUUACGAAGAAUGCGUGUUUCGGAGAUUUGGGGCGAAUUCUCAGGCAUACCAGAAUCCUUGUUUCAUGAGCACGGUGUUUGCGAGAUUCAGAAGCCUUCUAAAGAGCAAGCAACGGUCGAGGCUAGGGUACCGACCUCAGUCUAAUGGACAGCAGGAACGUUUGGUUCAAACAGUGAUGAGAAGUGUCAGAGGGUACGUCGCUGAUAUCGACUAG